GUGCCCGAGUACAAUCCGUCGGAGGACCGGCUGCUGCGAUGGGCGGUGCCUCUGCAACCCGAAGAGCAGUCUACUCGCACGCGUCCUGACAUACUUCAUGGGCAGCCUUCGCAACCAACUUAG